CGACGCGCUGCAUGGCCGGACCGUUCCUGAGCAGGACCGCCGGGCGCGUGGGGAGCGGGCGCUGCGGGAGGUCGUGGCCUUCUUCCACGGCCGGGCCGCGCUGCCCUCCCUGCAGUGGUUCGCCGCCGGCCCCCGCCAGGAGCUGCGGGUGGAGGGGCUGGCCUGGCGCCUGCCGCAGCCGCGCCACCCGGGCAGCAGCCGACUGGUGCUCAGCGGGGUCAGCGCCCGCUUCCGGCCCAGCCAGAUGACAGCCGUGAUGGGCCCCUCGGGCUGCGGCAAGACCAGCUUGCUGGGCCUUAUGGCCGGCCGGCUGCCGUACUGGCCGCCCUCCGACGGCAGGCUGCUGGUGAACGGGAUGGAGGUCACCGACCCACGGGUCCUUCAGCGCAUCACUGGGUUUGUGCCGCAAGACGACAUUGUCAGCGCUGACCUGACCGUCAGGGAGAAUCUGGAAUUCAGCGCCGCGCUGCGCAUGCCCCGUCGUGGCGGCCUGUCAUGCGGCAGCUCGUCAUGUGGGGGCUGCGGGGGCGGCUGCGGCCCCAGCAGCUGUGGGCUGUCGUCCUGCCUGCCCCUCCCCUCCACCCUGUCGCUUUCCUCCUGGCCGCUGCUGUCGCAGCUAGAGCAGCUGCACCUACCGCAGCAGCAACACCAGCACCACUCGCAGCAACAGCAGCAGCAGCAAGCCCUGAUGCAGCAACCGCUGCAAUUGCAGCAGCAACACCUGACGUCACAACAACCAAUAUCCAACUGUCGUGACCAAGAGGGCGGAGGUGGUGUCGGUGUCGGUGCCGUUGGUGGUAACAGCGCAACCGCCAACGGCCCUGGUCUCUUAGAAACCCGCGCUGCCGUACAACGGCCAUGUCGACGCCCCAGCGAUGGCCUCGCUUCCGCCAGUCCUCCGCCAACAUGUGGCUUCAAUGGCAGCGGCGAUGUAGGCGGUAGUGGCGGAGGCGGUGCCGGCGCAGGCAGUAGCAGCUGUGUUACUGGAUACAACAGCAGCCUCAGCACCGCUGGUGGCGGCGGCGGAGGCGGCGGAGGCUCCUCAGUGGCUUCAUCGCUCCCUGCCUUCAGCAGCGGCUUUGGGAGCAGCCCGCUGACAGCCUCUGCCUUGUCUUCUGCCUGCUUGGACGCGACGGCAGCAUCUGCUACGGUAGCGGCGGCGGCGGCGGUGCCGACGUCAGAAGACCGUCCUAGUACGGCACCCGCGGCGGGUACCUCCGCCGCUGGCGGCGGCGGCGGCGGCCCUACACACCUUUCAAGUGCCUCAAAUGUUGUCGCUGGCGGCCGAAUGACGCAUUGCUCUUCGGCGGAUCGAGCGGCGGCAGCCGUGUCGACGCUAGUGGCGGAGCCCUGGCAAGCAAGAACCACUGCUACUGCCGCCGCUAGCAACUACCUAGGCGUUGGCGCCAGCAUCGUGACCCGAACGGGCAGCCGCAAUGCCCCCAGCACGUUGACGCAUUGCUCCUCCGCGUCCUCCUCACUUCCCGCAAUCGCGCCAACCUCCGGCACUUACUCCCGGACCGGCAGCCGCAACCCCCCGCCAGCGGGCAUCCUCACGCAUUGCUCCUCCGCAUCGUCUACCGUUCCGGUGCCGGAUCGCGGCGCCGCCGCCGCAGCGGCGGCGGCGGCCGCGCCGUCAUCAUCUGUGUCGGUGUCGCUGGCGGCAGCGACGGCGAUGACGGUGUCGGUGGCGGCGACUGCGGGUACGGCAGCGGCGGCGGCGGCUGAGCGACGGCGUGUGGUGGAGUUGGUACUGGACAUGAUGUCACUGAAGGGGCUGCAGGACGCGCGAGUGGGGAGCGUGGAGGCGCGGGGGAUCAGCGGGGGCCAACGCAAGCGCGUCAACAUUGGCUUGGAGCUGGUAGCUCGGCCCUCCCUGUUGCUGCUGGAUGAGCCCACAAGCGGUCUGGACGCCUCCUGCUGCUCCGACGUGUUGCGCUCCCUGUCAGACCUGGCUGCGGCGGGCGGGGUCAAUGUGGUGGCGGUGGUGCACCAGCCGCGACAUGCGACCUUUAUGAUGUUCGAUGAGGUGCUGUUGCUGGGAGUUACGGGCUGUACGGUGUACCACGGACCUCCCAACGAGGCAGUGUCGUACUUCACCCGAGUGCUCGAGUACACCUUCCCGCAGCAUGAGAGCGUAGCGGACACCCUGCUGGACAUCAUCGCAGGCAAGCGCUGUAGCGCCCAGUACUCCGCCUCCCAGCUUCCAGACCGCUGGGCCCGGGAGGGUGAGGCCUGGGUGGCCUCCCUGCCACCCCGUGACCCCAAGUGCAACAACCGGCGGGCCAGCUGCAGCGGCGGCGCCUGUGGCGGCAACGGUAACGGCAAUGCAGAUGGUGUUACACCGCCAACACCCGCAACUGCAACGACGGGGCCGCUGUUGCGACCGCCAGACCUCACUCAGGAGGUCCGAGAGAUCAUCGAGUCGGAGUUUGACCGAUUGCUUGCCGCGACGUCAGCCAAUGUGUACGGUGCCGGUGGCGGCGGAGGUGACCGGGUUGUUCCCUCUGCGCGGCCGUCUUCCAAGGCAGUGAAGUUGCCGCCGGCCUCGGGUAGCGUCUCCUUCCGAAUCCGUAACGCCGCAACAAGUCCGGCGCUGUCGCCGGCGGCGUCGCCGUCCCCGUCCAUGGCCCGGUCGCUGCCGCCACUACCGCCGCCACGCCGACCCAUGGGUCUUGCGCAUUCCCAACUGCUCCAGCUCUUCCGUACGCUUGGCCAGUACGGCAGCGACGCAACGGCACUCGUGAAUGAAAUUGUGUACGACACAUGGCAGCGACGUCAGCAAAUGCCCAACGCGCCUGCCGAGGCGGCUGUUUAUGCUACUGGGUCUUCGCUGCCCUGGCCGCACCCGCCACCCACUUCCGGGGGACUCGGACCUGUGCUCGUGAGCAAGGAGGAGCUUAUCCAGGCUCUGCAAAGGGUGGCUGACGGCGAGUUGAUGCCGCCGCCGCAGCCACGGAUGCUGUCGCCAGAGGUGUUGCUCGGUACGGCACCCUCGGCUCCGAAACCGUUGGGAUCGGUUGCGAGUACGAUGCUGGAGGCCCUUAUCUCCGUCCCAAGGGCUGCAGCUCGCGCCCUGGUCCAUGUCGCCAGUAACGCUCGCUCCGCUGCCACCGCCGCCGCUGCCGCCGCCGCCACAGCCUCCGCAGCAACACCCACUGGCGCCGCCGCCGCCACCGCAGCUGCUGCCGGCGCCGGCAUUGGCAGCGUUGGCGGCGGCAUCCGCCCUAGCAUGGACUACCCAGCCAACCCCAGCAACAGCAGUCGGCUGGUUACGACCCUAACCAGCAUCGUGUCAGCAUUCGGCAGCGGGGCAGGUGGCGGCGGCGGCGGCGCUUCUGCCACCGGCAUGCUAGCGGCCAGCCCCAGCGGUCACAUGGAUGGCCAAGGCUACUCCGGCGGCGGGAUGGUUGCGGCGCGGCCCAGCGUGCGGCGGAGUUUGCUUGGGUUGGUUACCCAACUGGGCUCUGCUGCUGGUGCGGGUGGCGGAGGAGGCGGGACCGCUGGCAGGUCGCCUUUGGGCUUAUCCAGCCCGGGGCCCUCGCAUGCGAAUACGGCAACGGGCAUGGUGGCCGAUGGCAACCAGGUGGCCGGAGCUCAGCAGCCCGUGGGUCUCGCCCGAGUCGGCAUCCCCGCCUCCUCCUCCACCGCUUCCAGCCCCUGCAAGUCCAACACGCCACUGCUCUCCCCCGCCGCACCUCACCUGCUGGCGCAACUCCUGCACCCCGCACCGCAUGCUUUCGGCAACCAGCACCACCACCCACAUCGAGAACCCAAGCAACACCAACAACAGCAGAGCCCGCUCCCCAUGCAUCCCUUCAUGCACCAGCAGCAUCAACACCAGCUGGUGACCCCAAAGGACCCGAACAACAGGAGCUUUGGCUCCGGACAGGGAGAUCAGCAGCAGGACCAAGUUCGGUUGACAGCAGCGCUGCUGUCGCCUUCCUCUUCCCUACAAAUGACGCAAUCAGGGCAGUCCGCCCAGCCCGCCCUAUCUGACCAGCCCACGCCAAUCAAGAGCCCACACAGCACCAUGGGACGCACUUGCAGCACAGCCAGCGGCGUCGUCGACAUCGCGGCAGUCGCCGCCGCCGCCGUCGCUGACAUCGGAGCCGGCAGCGGUAGCGACGGCGACGGCGGCGUCUCAUGCGGCUGCACUGGGAGGCUGCUGUCCAGAACCUCCGGCAGCCUUCGCAGCCGGAAUCGGAGUGGAAGGCGGAGGAGUGAAAGCGGCGAGGCCGGCGACGGCGGACGUGAGAUGCAAAGUCGUACGAAUAGUCCUCGCCGCAGCUGCCGUUCGCAGUCGCCAGUGGCGGCUCCUGGACGGUCGCUUUCGCCGGCAACGGCGGCCGCUGCAAACCUUAACGCCGCUGCCGCAUCGGCUGUAGCGGCGGCGGCGGGGGCGGCAGCAGCGCAACCGCAAUCUUACGCACAGCUUCCAACGCUGUACAUCCAGGGUGGCAACAACAGCCAUAACAAGCGUCAGUCGCUUGCUCACCUGGUUAUCAUCGGUAACAUCCCUGAAAGCGAAACGGAAACGGAAGUGGGCACACCAACCGACGGAACCGGAACCCCCGUUUACUCCUCCUCUUCCAUCUUUGGCUUGCCGCCAUGCAGCCCGAUGCCCUUUGGAAACCCCGCCGCGCACUCCCACAUACUCUCGCCUACCGCUGGUGGUAGUGCUGGUAGUGCUGCUGCUGCCGCUGCUGCUGCCAGCACGCGGGAAAGCCUUCCGUACGGCCGAGGCGGCGACGGCGGCGGUGGCGGCGGUGCUGGCGACCAGGCCGGGCCUCGUCCUGCUGGCUUCGGCAGCCUGCUAGGUCCCAACGCCGCCAGUUUCCUAGAUGAGGGGGGCGCCUUCGGGAGCUUCACGGUGGGAAUGGUGGAUUCCAUACCGUCCGAUUCGGCAAUGGGUAGCCCGGCGGCGGUGGUUGCGUCGCUUACCCCGACGAUUGGGAGCCCCAGCUGGUCCAUGACCCGUGGGUCGGCUGCAUGCAGUUCCUCAGGGGGCAGCCGUGAUGGGGUGUUUCAGAGCGCCAGCCGGCACUCCGCAUUUCCGGAGCGGCACUAUAACCCGAUUCACGGUCGUUCCCGGCUGGGCGGCGGUGCGGGCGGGGCUGUUGGUGGUGGAGCAGGGGAGGCCGCGGGGCGAGCAGGAUCUACCCUUGACGCUGCCGUGAGGAAGGCUGUUGCUGAAGCGACAGAGUCAGAGCAGACAGACACAGCUGCGGUGGAGAGUACGGCAAUAGUCGGUGCGACAGCCACAGCAGCUCCUAGCGACGGCAUCGGCCCCACAGAAGGCGGUAUCAGUGACGGCGGCGGCGGCGGCGGCGCUAGUCCAUUCAGUCGUCCCUCCGCAGCCAGCGAGAUCCUAGCGCAGCACCCGAGCAUAACGGUAGCCCUACCGGACGCUCUGAUGAUGCUGCCUGCCACGGCCCCCAGUCCCUUCUCGGCUGCCACCGCAGCCGCAGCCGUGGAGGCAGCGGAGGGCGCCGAGGAAGCAACGGUGCUACUGCUGGCUGCGGCCCCGCCUGCUGCGUUGCUGGCUUCGCACCAUAGCUCGUCUGAGGUAACAACGGGCGGCGGAAGCCAGGAGGCAGUGGUCCUCCGCGCGCGGCCGGCAUCGCAGCCGUCACUUGUGGCGUACCCCUCGCAGCCGCCGCCGUCGCUGCAGAUCCCCGACUUUGCACCCAGUGGCGAUGAGGCCUCUCCGGGGACGUCGCCAACGACCAGAAGGCCCCUCCCGGGAGUAGCAGCGGCGGAGUUGACGGCGGCGGUAGCGGCGCGUAACAAUGGCGGCGGCGGCAGCGCUGAAAGCGGCGAGGAGGGCGACCUGCUGCAUGGCUUUGGAAGCGAGCUGCCGCGCAGUGUUAGUAGGAAUGAUGGCGGCAGCGGCAGCGGCAGUGGCGGGCGGGUAAGCCCAGCGCAGGCCGCCGCGAGUUGUACGGCAAUGCCUGGUGGAGGUCGCGGCGGUGCUGGCGGCGGCGGCGGCGGUGGGUUAGCUAUGUGGCAUGGCGUUGGCGCUGCGAACUACGGCACGCCCCUGCCGCCGUCUCCGCCUGCCAGCCCGGCGCAAUUCCCGACGCCGGCUCCACACCAAGAACAGCAACCGCCCCAUCAACCGUUGCUGUUUCAGUUGCCCCGACCGAGCAGUGCCAACAACGGUGCUGCAACGACGACAACAACUGCGUCAACAACCAUUCACGGCGGCCCACCGUACCAACGACCCGGCACCCUUGCUCCUCGGUCGCCGUUGCAUGCCAUUCGCCUGUCCGCCGGAAACUUCGGGUCGCUGCUGGCGGCGGCGACAGGCGCCGAUGCGUCCUCUGUUCCCGCCACACCCAGCCGCCUGGGCCGCAGUACGGUUGCGAAUGCGGCAGUACGGCAAAGCGGCGGUGUCGUACACAACGCAACCGCGCAUGGAGCUCCCCCGUCGCCGCCUCGACUGCCGCGUCAGUCUGCGACGACGGUACCCGGCUUGGAGGGUUUAUCUGGUGGCUUCGCUACGCAACGCAUGGCUGGGACAUCCGGUGUCAGCGGCGGCGGCGGCGGCGCGGCCGCGGCGGUGUUUUUCAAUGAAGGUGGUGGCGGCCGGAACCUCCGCUUGACGACGUCCGCCAAGGGCUUUUUUGGUGGUAGUGACGCUAGCGGCGAGCAGCAUUCAUUACCAUUGGCAAAAAUAGAGGCUCAGUAUUAUGCUGGUGCCGCCGCCGCGGCGGCUGCGGCCACCGCCGAUGGCAUAACCUCCGCCUCCACCGCUGAUGCCGCGGCCGCGACGCUCGAGCCGCCACAGCAGCGGCGUCAGAGCCAUAGCGGCCCGUUAGCGACGCCGUUUCGAAUUCCGUUAGAACUGACCAGGAAGGUAUUGUACGGCAACAGACAACGGAAUGCUGCGGUGGCGGCGCAGCAGCAGCUACAGCGGCAGCAGCGACAAUCGUCACAACGCCAGCAGGACGAACAGUCAUUGUUGUACUAUUACGACAUGGGUUUUCUGGAUCCGCUGAUGUCGUCAUCGUACAGCGGAUUCCGUACGGCGGUGUGGCCUUCCUGGCUGUCGCAGAUGCGCACGUUUGCAAGGAGGGCGGCACUGCAGUCCAUUCGCGCCUGCUGGCCCCUGAGCGUGUGGGAGGUCUGCCUGCUGCUGCUGGCGGCGCUGGUCAUCGGGCUUAACCAGGGGACACGCUGGGGCCCAACCUCCGUACCAGGCCACGUCAUCAUGGCCAUGCUUUGCCUUGCCGUACUGGCUGUCGUACAGCACCUCCGUACAUUCUCCUCCAACCGCCUUGUAUUGCACCGCGAGCGCAGCGCUGGUCUGUCCGUGACCGCCUACACCACAGCUCGUUGCCUUACGGACAUGCCUUGGGUCAUUAUCGCACCAGCCGCCUUUACUUUGCCGUACUACGUGCUUAUCGUACCACGUGCGCCUUUUCUGUCGUACUACAUCGUCAGCCUGGGCGUAUGGUGGUGGGCUUCAGGACUGUCGUACUUGGUAACGGUUUUUCCGUUUAUGCCACCAACCGCCGCUCCAACCGUCGCCGUACUCAUCACGCUCAUCUUUGGUGCGUUCCUCAACGGUGCCAGCGCUCCUUCUCUGGCGUCAGCUCGCAACGGCAGUUGGUUCCUAAAGGUCUUGCUCGGCCUCUCGUACAACCGUUGGGCCCUUGAAGCCCUUGAGGUUUCGGAGCUUGACCGUUACAUGGAAACCCACCGCAACAUCAUUGCGAUGAUGUAUCGAGACAAGGGCACCUGCGGUAUCGACAAACAGCUCGUGGACGACGGCAACAAUUCAAAACUCUCAGCUUCUGAGGCGUUGUCAUUCGUGCAACUUUUUGAAUCCUUUGGAUCCGGGUACUGCAAUGCAGCUUGGAGGGCAGAUCUCAUCGCGUUGUUCGGCUUGGGUCUGGCGCUGCGGGUGCUUGCAUUGCUCGCGCUCAAGUACGACAAUCGGAUCCGAAGAGCCGCAGAUCUCGUUGCGCAUGCCUGGCAUGUGGUUUCGGAGCUUGGCAGCAGCAGUGACUGGCGACAGCAGUGGCAGCAGCGUUGGGGCUCCCUGUGCGGUGGAGCCGCUGCUUUGGAUGCAGCAGCAGCUGCUGCUGUUGGGGAGGUAGGCGAGGAAAAGGGUGGGUGCUGUGAAUUAGUUACCAGCGGUGGUGGUGGCGGUGGUGGCGGUGGCAAUGACGGUGAUGCUGGCGGUGUCGCCGCCGCGGAUUUAGUGGUGAGUGGCGGCGGCAGCAACGUGCCAUAUCAGAUAUAGCGCCCCUGGGAGGGCAGCAAUGCCUUAGCAAGGUCAGCUUCAUGUCAGGGGCAUUGUGAGGGUUUUGUGCUUGGGCGGCAGGAGGGGCGACUGGAGUGUCCCGUCGCUGGCGUUUAGAGAGCAAGGGGUCGUCCCUUCAAAAGGGAGCUGCUGCACGGCGAGCGUGGAGAGGUUGUUGGGCGAGAUGUUAGGGUUGCGGAAUUGGCAAUUCGAAGGCUAAAUGGUGCAGUUACUGCUAGGUUACCCCAAAUAGCUUAUGAUUGUUAAGAUACGGGGAUUCAAGUACCGGUAGCGGGCAACCGUGGGAGAUUGAAAGGGCGCCCUUUCGGUUCUGGGACGAGGUUAGAGCUUAGUGUCUGCUUAUUGUAGGUUGGUGGUAUUGGAGGAGGGCUGGUGGGUACGAUGGUGUUGGAGUUGGGCCUAGUCGAUGCCUAUAUACUUGGGCCUAGUAGAUGCCUAUAUAGGCAUGAAUUGUACCAGGAACGCGAGUGCCCCUUUUGCCGUGGUUACUGUUUCGCUUUUACGAAGAACCCUGGGAGGAAGAACAUCAUUGUUUUGCAGCCGUCUGUCCUGCACCAAACAGGACUUAUACUACACGUACGGCACCUGCCGUACAUGGCUUUCACUGCCUUCGUUACACAAUUGCCUGCAGUACGUAUUGAGCGGCCCGCGAUUUGGUUGCAUUGAGUUCCCUGUUUCGAAUGGAUGCUUCUGCAUGCCGGUGAUUAAACACUUGCCAUCCAUUCCGCGUGUCUGUGCUUAUUCACCACGGCUUUGUGUGGGAUGUAUGUAUCAAGCAGUGCGGUUUUAUUGGUUAUAUAGACAGGUUGGCACCGGGUGUUGGCUAUAUUUAGUCCGGCGGUGUUUCCCGUACAGGCAGGCAUGCAUAAGGCACCGCUUCCUUCCUAAAAUUGCAUGCAUACUUGGAUGAACCGGCUUGAUUCCGCUUUGCUAAUCUAACAAACCCCCUAGCUAGACCCAAACGGAAGGCAUGGGUUGCACCAUCCGUAUCCGUUUGACUAUAAUGUGUUGUUUGCUGGUGCGUCUGACACGUCCUGUACAUAAGUGUGGGUUUGAAGAUCAUGCAUGCAGGUAGUUGUGUUGCAAUGGUUCAUUGUAAGGGCGGCGUUUGCUUCCCUAUCCCGGUGACUACAAUUUGCACUAGACACUAUUCCCGGAGGUCAUGGGUAUGACUUCGUCCGGCUCCUACGGCAUUGUAAACCUUGCGUUUGGG